AUGGACUCUGACGUGCUAACGACAGACCAUCCUUCAGACCAAGAUAUUUUGGAAAGUGUUCCAAAAAUUACACCACCCUUACAAGAGGAAGAAAAGGUUAAGGAAACUCUUCCUUCGCGGGAUGCCACCGCAGCCCCUCACAGAAGAGGAAGACCACGCAAGACACACGAUGAGAAGGUUAAGGAAACUCUUCCUACGCGGGACGCCACCGCAGCCCCUCACAGAAGAGAAAGACCACCCAAGACAAGCGAUGAGGCUAAGGAAACUCCUUCGCGGGAUGCCGCCGCAGCCCCUCGCAGAAGAGGAAGACCGCGCAAAACACGCGAUGAGAAGGUUAAGGAAACUCUUCCUACGCGGGAUGCCACCGCAGCCCCUCACAGAAGAGAAAGACCACGCAAGACACACGAUGAGAAGGUUAAGGAAACUCUUCCUACGCGGGACGCCACCGCAGCCCCUCACAGAACAGAAAGACCACCAAGACAAACGAUGAGAAGGUUAAGGAAACUCUUCCUACGCGGGAUGCCACCGCAGCCCCUCACAGAAGAGAAAGACCACGCAAGACACACGAUGAGAAGGUUAAGGAAACUCUUCCUACGCGGGACGCCACCGCAGCCCCUCACAGAAGAGAAAGACCACCCAAGACAAGCGAUGAGGUGA